AUGUCGAAAUAUAUUGUUCUAUUCACCUUUGGCUUCAGUCUUGCUGCGCUGGUCACAUCACAAACCAGUAGUAUGGGGCUCUCAGAAACUUGCGGGUACAUCGAUGGUGGUAGGGUUGUCAUCACUGCGUAUUCCGAUCUUGCAAUCGAAUGCACGUCUAGAGCAUGCGGAUUCCUGUUCAUAUAUGGCCACGACAAUGCCUAUGCUGGAUGCUGCGGUGAUGAGAGAUGUGCAAUCGCGACGACAUGUAUUGAGUCAGGCACAGCACUAAACAGUAAUACCGUUCAAUGCAUCGAUGGUUCGCUUUCUGCAUGUGCAACCUACACAUGGCCACAACUCUCAGCAGAAGCAUAUUUCUGUGCCACGGCAAGGACAACCGCGACGGUCGUUACAGAGACAACUUCUAGCGGUUCGGUUACUAGUACUUUGGAACCAAUAAUUGUGCCCUCAAGAACAGACGGCGGGCUUUCGAGUACAAACGCAGGAGGUCCUCAACCAACGACAACAGAGAGUGAUGGCGGGCCGAACCUCGGGACCGAAUCUGACUUGAGCUCGCGACAAAGGAUAGGCGCUGGGGUAGGCUCAGGGCUUUCUGGUGGCCUGCUGCUGAUAGUUUUCGCAAUCUUUGGGUGCUACAGACAACGCAAAGGGAAGAGUCUGAGGCCGCAGACCAAUUCGAAACCCAUGCUACAGAAAGAUGCUCAAGCGCAAGUCAGCUCAGCUCCCUUGAAACAAGGACCGGUAGGCAAGGGCCUCCUUGUUGAGAGGGAAGCUGAAAUGAAUGACUUGGGGUUAUGCCAGAGUGAGCAUCUGGUCCGUUGA